AUGGCUUUGGUUGACAAGAAUACCUCAGAGUACGGCAAAUGUUGUCGUUUGCUCGUCGAUGAACUCUCUCUCCAUAAUCUUGGGAAUGAUGUAGGCAUACCAAUGCUUGCAAUCAUUGGCAGUCAAUCUGCAGGUAAAUCGAGCGUCAUAGUGGCUCUUUCAGGGAUUCCUUUACCUCGUGCCUCUGGAACAUGCACCCGUUGUCCAACACAGGUACGCAUCUUCGAGUCUGACCAAGAAUGGACUUGUAAGAUCACUUUGCUUGUUCACGUCGGCGAAGAUGGUAAUACGUUGCCUAAACCUAAGAUUUAUCAGUUUGGCAAAGCUUUGACGGAUAAAGAAGCAGUACGAGAGCGUAUCAUGCAUGCUCAAUCUGCCAUCCUCAAUCCAAAGAAGCGUGAAGAGAUCAUCAAGUCUAUCGAAUCAGAUGAAGAGGUGCAAAAAAUCGAAAAGAACGAGUUGAAUUUUUCAGAAGAUCGAGUCUGUCUUGAAGUUAGUGGCAAAGAUAUGAUCAAUCUCACUUUGAUCGACUUACCGGGGAUCAUUGCUACAACAGGACUCAGCGAUAAUCAAGAUAGUGUCAAAAAGAUUCAGCAGCUUGUUCACAAAACUAUCAAGCAGGAAAAUUGCUUAAUUCUAGUAACGAUUGCCAUGACGACGGAUUAUGAAAAUCAAGCUGCCGUAGAAUUUGCCAAAAUGGUAGAUCCUCAUUUUCAACGUACUUUAGGUGUUCUCACGAAACCAGAUAUGGUGAAAAUGGCAGAUCUACGCCACUGGCUCGAAAUUAUUGCCGGAGAAAAGUUUCCGAUGCUUCAUGGCUACUACGUCGUGAAAUCCCUAGAUUCUGAUCAAUUGCAAAAGGAUAUCCCUCAUGAUAAAGCUCGCGAGCUUGAGCAAGCUUAUUUCGAUGCAGAUCUGUGGAAAUCAGAAGGCAACCGUCAAGACCAGUGCGGAUCGAAGAAGCUUGGAAUCAAGCUGCAAGAGCUUUUUCAGAGUCUUACACUUGAGAAAUUGCCAGGCAUCAUUGCAAAAGUACGGCGUGCGAGCUCUAAAGUGGAUGAAGAUCUUACAAAUUUGCCAACAGAGGUGACCGAAAAUGCUGCUAAGCAACAUUUGCACGAGCUAUUACAGAACGUCAGUAAAGAAGUAGUUGGGUCCCUUUCUGGUAAAAUAACAUUCACACCUUUUGUGAAACCGUAUCGUUUGCUAGUCAAUUCAUUUCGACAGGAUGUUUACCAAAGUCGGCCUAUCUUUAAACCUUUCACAAAGGAAGAGAUCCUGAAAGAAGCCAAAUUUAUCGAUAAAAUUCCUUUGAAAGAAGUAGAAAAGUAUGAAGAGGAUGACAUCAUGUCACAACCUGAAGCAGGAAAAGAAAAUACUUCCAAUCUUGAUACAAUACGCGCUGCCCUUGAAGAAUCCGGCCUACCACCUUUGCCUUUCAAUACCCCAUGGCAAGUGAAGGAGCAUUUAAUGAAAAAUGCUGUGCAAGACUUACCAGAAAUCAGCAUAGGAUUUUACAAUAAAACAAUUGAGCUUCUCGUGGAAAUGGUGAAGCUUGUUACGCAAAAAGUUGUUGCUCAGUCCUCAAAUAGUCUCCUCAACAGCCGUAUUGAGGAAAUUUUGCUGAGAUUUGUUGAUGAAGAGGCUCACAAUUGUUACAACUUCUUGGAUGCAAACAAUAAAUGUGAAACAGAGGUGAUUUCUACUUUGAAUGAUCACUAUUACUGUGAUAAGAAGGAAUUUUAUCGUAACCGACUUGUACUCGAACGUCACCGAGUUUUGUUCAAAUUGAAGGCACCACCGCCAUUCUCGUUUCUUUCAGAGUCAACAAAUUUGCCUCCAAACAAAUUUGCAAACACGGCAACAACAUUCAAUUUUGGGCCUGCAAGCUCGGCUAAAUCUACAACCACAGCUAUGCCUACAGUUGUCGCCUCAAAUGGUACUGCUAACACACAGACACCUCAAAGCAUGGCGCUUACAAAGCAGGUUGUUGAGAGUGUAACGGGGCCUAAAGUUGUAUUUGCUGAACAAUCAAGUGCAUCAAAUCAAAAUGCAGGAAGCAUGAUUAAACCAACAAGACUCGAAACGAGGAAAGAAGAGGAUGAGUUGAGAAAGGGAUCGCCUUCUGUGAUCGAAGAGAUCGAAGUCGCUUCUGAGGUUCGGGCUUAUUGGCAGACGGUAUUUAAACGUUUUGUUGAUUAUAAUCACAGAACGCUAGAUUUUCACCUCCUUCGCCCAAUUCGUGAAAAGUGUCUGAAACGUCUUUGUGCUGGAUUUAAUAUCUUUGGUGACCUUACUUCUUCGCAAGCUCAUGCUUACUUACGUGAACCUGAAGCUCAACGUAAUCGUAGAAAUGAAUUACAAUUACGCAAAAUACGCUUAGACAAUGCUCUCAAGGCGAUCCGAAAGCUGCAAGGAGGAGACUAUGAUCUCACGGCUAAAGAGUAG